AUGGGUCAAGCCCAGCCCACUGAGCAGACCGAGGAGAUAGAUGUGGCAGCGCUGCAGGACAUGUACAAGAAGUUUGUGACCGAAUGUCCAAGUGGGGUUUUGUUUCUUCAUGAAUUUAAACGCUUUUUUGGGGUAGAUGCAACCGGAGAGGCAUCCGAAUAUGCUGAGAAUAUGUUUCGAGCUUUUGACAAGAAUGGGGAUAACACCAUAGACUUCCUGGAGUUUGUAGCUGCACUGAAUCUGGUGUUCAGAGGAGAUCUGGAACAUAAAUUGAGAUGGUCCUUUAAAGUCUAUGACAAAGAUGGUAAUGGAUUCAUAGACAAGACAGAACUUCGGGAUAUCAUCGAUAGUAUUUAUCGGAUAAAGAGGGUAUCAAAAAAAGAUCCCGAGACUCCCCAACUAUCUGCAGAUGAAGUUUGUGAGAGAAUAUUUAAAGUAAUCGAUGUUGAUGGAGACGGUCAGAUAACUCUAGAGGAGUUCUUGGAAGGGGCACAGAGGGAUCCCUGGAUCCUCAACAUGCUGCGUUUGGACAUGAAUCCUUCAGGCUGGGUGCUUGAGCAAAGAAGAAAGAGUGCCUUUUUUUGA